GGAUUUUCGCCCAAUCUUUUUCUCACUUCUUGGUCAUCGUACCUAAUAUCGGCCGUUGACAUAACGACUAAUUAAUUAAGAAAGUUUGGAGAAUAACAAAGUUUAAGAAGAUGGUUAUGUUUUCAAUUUGCAAAUUGGAUCGGAGUGAUUUGUGGAGAUUGGAUGAUGUUUUCAUGCGUUUCCAUCUUCAUAUUUAUACAGCGCAACUUGAGCUAAACCUUAUCUAUUUUAAUAUAUUUGGUUGACAAUAAUAAUAUAUUUACUCCGUUUCUUUUUAGUUGCAACACUUUUCUUUUCACGCUUGCCAAUACAUAACUUGAACCAUUAAUAUCUUUAAUUAUCGAUAAGUAAAAAUUAUAAAAAAUUGAUUUUAACAAAAUAUACAUUAACACGAAUCUAACAAGAUCCCACAUGAAUACUUUUUUCCUAAAGUAUAUAUAGAUCAUCAAAAUUAAACAAAGUAGAUUAUGUGAAUAACAAAAGUGUUAGCAACUAUUUUAAAACGGAUGAAGUAUUUGUCAAUUCACUUUUUUUUCUUUUAAAAGGGAUAUGCUCUUUACUUAUAUAUUCAUCUUAAUUUAGCCAACCUCCGGUUAAAAUAGAGAGGUAAAAAACCUACCCAGACUGAAAGAGUCACAAAAUUAGAUUUGUGUUUGGUAUGUUUUGACCCGAUAAAUCCAUAAUUUGAAAUAAAUUUUUAUUCCACCUAAAGUCAACACGGAAUCGAUAUCACUCAACCUGAUAAAACAUACGGAGUAUGACUUUGAUACAACUCAUUAUAGAGUACAUGAUACCAAUUGCUUGUUGGUUCAGUGGUGAUUGGGGCUGAACUUGGUAGGGAGAACCCGUGUUCGAUCCCCCGCAACAACAAUUGGGAGGGAACUGAAACCUAACCACCCAGAACUCGCCCCGAAUUCGGAUUAGCCAUAAGGGUAAAAAAAAAUAUAUAUAGAGUACAUGAUUUGAGACAAUUGAUUUUGGCCAGAAUAAGUCACAAAAUUUAGGAUAAUUCUUAACAAAAGGUCAACAAUUUAUUUUUAAUUUGUUUUGCCACGUUUAUUAGGAUAAUUAUGGAAAAAAAAUAUCAAAUUGGUGUCCUUGUUACAAUUUAUGCUUGCAUAAUGUGAUUUUAAAUUCCAAUUCACUUUUAAAAACAUAAGGAUUCUAUGAUUUAAAAAUGGUUAAUAUGUCUAAAAAUUUUGGUGUUUAAUUUAUUAUAGUACUAUAUGAGCAAUAAAAGUCUCUAUGUCUGUAAAAAGGGUGCUAGAAAAAACUAUUGAUAUAGGGUCUACACUAAUAUAAAUAAUCCCAAAAUUUAAUUUGUGUUUGGUCUGAUUUGACCCGAUAAAUUCAUAAUUCGAACUGCUCCGUAAAGUUUUAUCCCAACUAAAUUCAAUCCAAAAUUGAUUCAUUCAACCUGAUUAAUUUGUUUUAAAACUUUUAGUAAUAUUUAAUUGCUUAUAGUUACGACCAAACUAAAAAAAUAAGGCAAAUUUGUUAAAAAUGACCUUUUAUAACCCAAAUUUUGCGAGGAAGGAUCUAAUAUAAUUUUUUUUGUAAAAUAACACCUUAUAUAAAAUUAUUUUUGUGAAAUUACACAUUAAUGUAAUAUUUUUUUGCGAAAAACAACCAAAAGUAAAUUUCCGGCAUUGACUAAGUUUUUCCGGCCAUUGACUUGCACGUGAGAAGCACGUGUGACUUUAUUUUACUAAUAACACCAAAUUUUCCUCUAAAAUUCUAAGCUUUAAAACCUAAAGUUAAAAAAAAAAAACCGAAAUAAAAUCAAGUUUGAAAAUUCAAGAGUCGGGAAAAUCAGUGUCUUUAGCCAAGGUAAGCCACACGUGCAAGUCAGUGGCCGGAAAAGCUCAGUCAAUGCCGGAAACUUCCCUUAGGUCCUUUCUCACAAAAAAAUUACUUUAAGGUGUGUUUUCACAAAAAAAAUUAUAUAAGGUACUUUCUCGCAAAAUUUGAGUUAUAAAAGGUCAUUUUUGACAAAUUUGCCAAAAAACCAAACAAAAAAUUACGGUCAACUAGUAAUUGCUUUGACAAGUAUUUUGAUCUAACACGUUGCAACUUGCAAGCAUUAAAAAGGAGGGAGUAGUAAAAACCUCGGCAGCUUUGUUCCGAUCGCUUUAUUUACCCAAAAGUCCAAAAUCCUUUUACUUCGCUUUAUUUACAAAGUAAGUCUCGCCCUUUUUCUUUUCCAAUUUGUUGGAAGUAAUUUAUAUACUCCGUAUCCAAUUACUGCUCCCAAUAUGAUUUGAGGCUGAUUUUAAGUUUCCAAUUCAAUUUCUGGGUAGAUUUAUACUUGAAAAAUCAUGAAUUUCAGGUCAAAGAAGCAUGGAAUUUGUGAUAAACAGGGCAAUUGCAUUGAUAGGUUAAGUGAAUUGCCAGAUGAAUUACUUGUCCACAUUCUAUCUUUUUUGCCAAUUAGAGAUGCUGUUAGAACUGUCUUACUUCGCCGAUUUGGUAAACUCUGGACAUUGCUUCAUAAUAUUGAAUAUGAUUUCAAACUGGGUGGUCGGUUUAUCAACAAGGUGAUGAAGUACCACAAAAGUCCCACAAUUGAUAAGGUUGUGAUUAGGGAGAAAUUUGGACCUUUAGAAGAAGAGUUGAUGAAGUUGAUUACUUUUCGUUUAAAAAAAAAGACCAAGGUAUUGGGUAUUCAUUAUUAUGAUGGGUACUAUAGUUUUUCUGUCCCUGGUAUUGUUUGGAGAAAUCAAUUCAUUGUUUCGCUUCAUCUUACUAAUGUGUUCCUCGGCAUCACUCAUUGUACUCAGAUUCAUAUGGGUUCACUUAAGAAAUUGGAACUUACUUUUGUGCGUGAGAGUAAUGAGAGGAUCAAAACUCUGUUAUCUGGAAUCCCUUGUUUACAGGAGUUGGUUAUUAAGUAUCCUUUUGAGUUACAGGCCCUGGAUUUUGAUGCACCGAGCAUUGAGAAGUUGGAGCUUGAUCUUUGCUUGAAAACAAAAAUGCCGGAUGGCUCGCAUAGGAGUCGUUACCACGAACGUUUUUCGCUUAAUUGCCCUAACUUGAAGAUAUUGCAUAUCAAUGAAGUAUGUUUGGAACUUCUGGAUGUGAUUGAUGUUUCAUCUGUUCGUGAAGCAAAAAUCAACGAGUGUUGUUUGUCUCGCGACAAUUUUGAUUAUUUUAAAAUAUUGCUCGAGAAGUUUCUAAAUGCUAAGAUUUUCCAAUUGGGAGAUAAAGCUUAUUUGGAACUGGGAAAAUGUGGUAGUGAGAAACUGACUUUUCGAGAAACUCCAUGGACUGAUUUAGCUUUGAGGCCUGUAAGCCAUGGAAGCUGUCUGCUAGGCAUUUGUAGAUUGCUGAGAAAUUCUUGGCGCUUGAAGAAACUUAUUAUAUUUGCAGAUGUGGAUUUUUUGUGUGACUGCAAUAUGCUUCUGUAUGAGCUUUCUUCUCCAAUUGUGAUGCGGCGACUCAAAACUGUCAUAAUUCGUGGAUAUGAGAAACCUUGUAAAGCUCUACUUGAGCUGAUGAAAUUUGUGCUCAAAAGUGCAGUCGUCUUGGAGAAAUUACUUAUUGUCUGCAACAACAAGGAUAAACUUUAUUCAACAGAGGAAAAAGAGUUCAUUUCACAGUUAUCAGGAUUACCAAGGGCCUCACAGAAGGCAAAGGUUGUCAUUGCUAAGAAAUAUACUAAUGGUAGGUAGACCUGGUUAUUGGACAGGGUAGUCCAAUGGAUAUAGGGUUAGGGUCAAGUUAAUAGGGCUUUUAUUGGGCAGAGCUCUUAUUGGACAGGGCCUUUAUUGGACAGUGUCAUUAUAGGGUCAAACUUAUACUACAAUUAUUUUGAAAAUAAAAAUAGUAAUGAUACAAAAAAUUACAUGCAUAGCUUCGUAUUUACUUGUACUUGCACAUGGCUCUUUUGUUUUUCAUUUUUCAUUGCUCGUUUAUUGACCCGCCCAAUAAUGACCCGCUAUUGACCCGCGACCCGCUUUUGACCCGCCCAUUAUCGACCCUCUAAAAAUGACCCUUUCAAUACCCGACCCUCUUUUGACCCGCACCGACCCUGACCCGCCCCGCCCGAUAACCAGGCCUAAUGGUAGGUAAUAUAGUGCAUAUAGACAUAUAGUGCAUGUUUAUAAUGAAUGAUAUCUUUUGUUUUAGGAGAUAGGACCCCUGUUACAAAAUUUAAUGUUCCUGCUACUAAAUUAGAGAUUGCUAGGAAAAUGGUUCAGUCAGAUGCGGUUUAUAUAUGUUGUGUAUAUAUACUUGGUAUUAAGCAUCAGGUGCUGCUCUUUGAUAUUAUAGCAGCCUGUUUGGUAGGUAGUAAAAGUUGUGAGUUUUAUGUAAUUUUGCAGAACUAGUUACAUUAUUUCUCCC